UCCUCCAGGCUGUGGUUUGGUUGAGCAGCGGGACUCCAUCACAAAAAGGCUCCCGAGGACACGGAGCGGUGAAGCCACACAGAAGACCACCAUGCUCAGCAGGUUAAAGAAGCUGAUCGGGGUGCCAGAACCACCAACCAUCCAAACGGAUGCUGCUGAAUCUUCUGCUCCAGCUGCUCAGGAGAAAAAACCUCCGGAGAAAGAACAGCCAAAACAGGAGGAGAAGAAGGAGCAGAAGCAAAAUGAGGAAAAGAAGGAGGAAAAGAAAGAGGAGGAACCAAAGAAGGAAGAGACAAAGCCAGCUCCUGCAGCUGCUACUGCCACCCCUGCACCUGCAGCCCCAGCACCUGGUGGGGGCCCUGCACCUGCGGCCCCAGCUCCUGGUGGGGCCCCUGCACCUGCAGGCCCAACUCCUGGUGGGGCUCCGGCAGCCCCAGGACCUGGUGGGGCUCCAGCAGCCCCAGCACCUGGUGGGGCCCCUGCACCUGCAGCCCCAGCACCUGGCGGGGCCCCUGCAGCCACAAGUGCGCCGGCUGACCCUGCGAAGCCAGAAGACAGUACUGGGGAAGCCCCGCCCCCACCUCCUCCAGUAGUUUACUCCAGGUACGCCGAUGACACCUUGAGGGAAUUGGUGAAAAGGCUAAAGGAUCGAACAGAAAUCAUGAAAGAGAAAGUGACAGAUCCGUACGCCACGUCACCAGAGAUCUCCCCACCAGUCACUCCUGUUUUCAAGAAGGAUGACUACAUCCGAAUGAAGGAAGAGGAGCGGAUAGCUAAAGAAGAGGCGGACAAGAAGAAGGCGGAGGAGGCGGCAAAAAAAGCAGAGGAGAAGAAAAAGAAGGACGAGGAAAAGAAGCUGGAGGCGGAAAAGAAGGCAGAGGAGGAGCGGCUGGCCGAGGAGGAGAGGAAGAAGAAGAGGAUUCUGCCCGAGUUCAGCUGCUCUUGCUUUGAUGCGCUACUGCAUCCCAUGGAGGAAAGGAUGGACUCCGUCCUGGGAAACACCAUCGACCCUUUCACAGACCGGCGGUACAUCGCGUGGCUCACGGUGGUGGCCGUUGCCUACAACUACAACUUGUGGUUCUGCACGGCGCGGCUGGCUUUCCCCUUCCACGGUGACUACGUCAAUCGCUUCUGGGUCACCUUUGACAUCCUGAGUGACGUCGUAAAUGUCAUUGACAUCGUGGUCUGGCAGCCGAGGCUCCAGUUUGUCAAAGGUGGCGACAUCAUCAAAGACAGACGCAUGACGAAGGAACACUAUCGGAAAUCGCAGCAGUUCAAAAGUGACUUGAUAUGCAUCCUGCCCUUGGACCUCCUCUGCUUGCACUUCCAGUUCUCUUCCAUCUAUCGCCUGAACCGUUUCCUCCGGAUUUACUCCUUCUUCGAGUUCAGCGAUCGACUGGAGAGCAUCAUGGCCAAAGCCUACAUCUGGAGAGUCGCCCGCACCACCGGCUACCUACUCUUCGCUCUGCACUUGAACGCUUGUUUCUUCUACGUUGCCUCGGUCCACCAGGGGCUUGGGACCACGACAUGGGUGUACAAUGGAAAUGGGACAGCAUACAUACGCUGCUACUACUUUGCUGUGCGAAGUCUGAUCAACAUCGGAGGCCUUCCGGAGCCCAUAACCCUCUUCGAGAUCGGCUUCCAGAUGUUAAACUUCUUCAUUGGUGUCUUUGUGUUUUCCAGUUUAAUUGGGCAGAUGAGAGACGUCAUCGGGGCGGCCACCGCUGGUCAGGCAUAUUUCCGGGCCUCGAUGGACGGUUGUGUGGAAUACAUGAACACCUACUCCAUCCCAAAACACGUGCAGAACAGAGUCCGGACGUGGUACAACUACACCUGGGCGGCGCAGGGGAUGCUGGACGAGUCCGAGCUGCUGGACAAGAUGCCCCUCGUGAUGAGGACGGCGAUCGCUGUGGACAUCAACUUAGCCACGUUCCAGAAGAUCGACCUUUUUAAGGGCUGCGACCAGCAGAUGCUGGUGGACAUGCUGCUGCGGCUCAAGUCCAUCAUCUACCUCCCAGGAGACUUCGUCGUCAAGAAGGGCGACAUCGGCAAAGAGAUGUACAUCAUCAAGAGUGGAGCGGUGCAGGUGGUGGGGGGACCCGACAACAGCAUCGUGUUCGUCACGCUCAAGGCCGGAUGUGUGUUUGGAGAAAUCAGUCUACUGCAGUCGGCUAAAGACGGAGGGAACCGGCGGACAGCCAACGUCAAGGCGCACGGGUUCGCUAACCUGUUUGUUCUGGAGAAGAAGGACUUGUUCGACAUCUUGGUUCACUACCCGGAGUCCCAGAAAGUGCUGGCAAGAAAGGGAAAGAAACUGAUCAAAGCCAAAGGUCCCGCUGCCGCCAGAACAAAUGAGGAAAAGCAGAAAGGUUUGGCGCUGUUCAACCAAAAACCGCCAACACCCAAGCUCUUAAAGACCUUCGGAGCUUUACUGAAGAUAAACCAAGCAGCAAAAGAAAAGUGAGGACGGACGACAUUUAUUGAGGCCAUGAUGGGCCUCAUAUUUGCCACAGCAAAGCUGGGAUUUCAGUGGUGAAAUAGACUCACGUCUGUACAGUACUGCAUGAUACUUCGACUCCACCCAUCUCUAUAAGGACGGUCGAUCCUGCCGCUGAGAUUCCACUUCAGUAGACAAAGCCUUUUUAUUAUUGUAAAGGAUUUUAAAUAUAGUUAAUGGACGCCCUCAUUUACGUCAUGAAAACUGGUUCCGAGGAAACAUUUGAAGGAAUGUUUCUAGUGCAAAAAGAACGCUUGACUGAAGAGCACUGGGCUGCACUUUAUAACACUGAAAUGUACGUCAAACAGCAGCACUUCUUCUUUCACAUCAUCUUAAAAACGUCUUUUUAAUAAAAUCUAUUAAGCGUGUCACAGCUUAUCGUGAUUGGUGAAGGUCUGGUCACUCGUGAGUGCAUGUUUUUACCUUUAUGUUUUCGACACCAUGUUUGCGUGUGAAUAACUCGUGAAGCACAAGUGAUGAAACCAGGGCUGAAAAGUAGCUUUGCGUGGAUUUAUGAAUUCCAAUGAGGGCAAGUUGGAAAUGUUGACUUUCUCAACACUACAAUCACUGAGAUAAAGCAACUUUCAUGUCAUUCAUUGAGGCAAAAUAUGAAAUUCUUUUCCGUUCCGUUCUUGAAGCUAAUGUGGCAUGUGCUAUUCCACUGCCUUUCUACUUAUUGUAUUUGAGUCAGGGUUGAGUCGGUGCGAUACAACACAGAUGCAGUUGCAGGUUCAUUCAUACGCAGCUCAAUUCAACAUCCAGCCAAUGAAACGCUGUGUUUGUGGACUGAAUUGUAACAUAAUGUUUUAGAAAGCUUUAGAAAUGACACCAAUGAUCAAGAAUCGGUUUUGGUGCAAUGAUACGGUGCACUGCUAAUUUCUCGUCGUGUGAAGUAUAAAAAAAAACCCUUAAAAAAACGAAUCGUACUUUUAAUUUGUUAUCUACCGACUGGUUUCAGGAAGUUUUGUGGAUUCACUCAGAAAAGAAGUCACAACAUGUCAUGAUCACAAUACUCUCUGGGCUUCAACAAUUUCAAAUGAUUUCCAGACUAAAGCUCACUUAGUUUACGAUAACCAAGUCAAAUGAUCCAACUGCGUGAACAGAUUAUUCCAUCAGUUACAUUUUAGCACUGUGUUUUUGCAGAGUGUGAAGGAACUCUCCUUUUUCCAACAAACGUUUUUCUCCAGUUGAAGUCCAUGGUUGAUAUGAUUUAUUAUGCAAACACUACAGGCGUGUACAGUCCUGCCACAGAGCAACAAGGGAAAGAAAGAUAACCCGGCAUCCAAACAUGUACAACAGCACAGCGUAUCAGGAGAAUAAAAUCUAGAGAUAAAAAAAUGUACACAGCAAACAAAAAAAAUAAUACAAAUGACAACUUCCUGUCAAUGAGACUGAAGCCAGCAACUCUAUUUGACCUACUUUGGAUUUCCUGAGAGACUACGAACAUCGCUCCUCGCACAGUGUUGCCAGUGUCCACUCUGUGGUUUUAUAUGCUGAUAAUCAAGAUGCUUCUUUGUCGAGUAUAAUGCGAAAGGUUUUUGUACCCAGAGUCCUUAGGAGUCCAUCUUCCAGAAGAUGGUCUGCCUGUCCUCGCCGCCCGUGAUCACGCUCGUGCAGAGCUCGUUCAUCCACAUGCUGGUGACUGGACCUGUCAGCAGGAAACAAAACCGACACGUCUUACAACAACGACCAGUAUGUGUUACAGCCCAAUUUUGAAACAAUGAAACCAGGCUUUUAGCUAGGAUUUGGAAACAGGGCGUCGAAAACCCAGUCUCCAACCCAUAACCCUGCCCCCUCCCGACACACAAUGCCAACGACUGACUGAUUUAACAACUUGCUUUGUGAAAAACAAAGCUGUAAACAUCUUUUUUGUACCAAACUAACUUGACAUUUAGGGAGUCCAGCUGAGGAAACAGGGCGUCUGGUUUUGAAUGCUGGAGGGCGUCCAUUUUUUCAUGUUUUGCAGUUCAGGGCGUCUGAAUGAAACCCUCCUAUCAGCAUGCAACGCUCUCUCUACUCACGCUGCUGAAUCCAACUGACUAGAAUGGUGGAGUUUAACACCACGUGACUGGCGGUACCUGAGUGAGCAGGAAUCCUUUUGAUCAGAGUGUUGCUCAGCAGAUCCCACAGAAGGAGGUCACCUGACUGCCCCCCACAUAAGACUGUGCUCCCGUCCCAGCAGAAACACCUGCAGACACAAGGCAGAAGGAAGAAACGGAUCAGCACACAGAUCCACUUCAAGGUGCUUUGGCCUUCGGACAUACAGGACAGUAGAAAGGAUGCUUCCAAGAAUGAGGGCGAAAUAACUGUCACUCACUGGAGCCCAUCUGGCAUGAUCUGAUUUGGUGCUUAUCAAUGUCAUAUCAAAGUCAUACACAAACAGUAUAUUGAAUCUGUGCCGCUCCCAAUCUCAUUCAGAGAAACAACUCAACUUAGUAGGACCACCAUGUUAUUCAGCUGGCGGCUGCCGAGUUAUUUCGUUGACUAACUCGUCCAUCCAAAAAACUUUCUUCCCGAAGUGAAAUCACGUCCCUGGUGUGUUGGCUGACAAGAAUUACAAACUCUCCCUUCAAAUGCAGUUUCUUUGAGAAGAGUUUUAAGAUGGUUAGUUGACAAACAAGACAUGGUGGGUCAGAUCAGUGACCUUUGCUCCUCUGCAGCCUUCACCGAUGACAUCACCAUUCCGGUCUGGACGUCUGUGACUUUCAUGCAACAGUCCUCCCCAACACUAAGAACAUUCCGACUAUCUGAGGGGGAAAA